AUGGCAGACAUUGCUGCUACCCUUACCCGGAUUCCAAGACCUACCGCGACGACCAUCCCAGCCAGCCCUAUUACUGCUGCACCCUCGUUAACGCACCAGCGUGAGCUGUUCAGGAGAGACGAGACGGUCAGUGAAGACACCUGUGGCUGGGUGAAUGGCGAUCUGAACACUCCUUUCGUCUGCAAUUAUCCCUACUAUCAACCCUGUCUAUGGUCACCGGAGCUCCACGCAGUGGGAUGCUGCGGCGGUCCCUCCACCACGGACUGCGCCUGGGUCACGUCCUGCGUGCCUUACUCGAUGGUGGACAACGGUUGCGACUCGGCAUGCCAGGCGAAUUACCUGAACACGGUGUGUAACGAAGCUUAUCCGCUCUGCGCGACAGCCACAUUCGGCGGCCCGGAAGGAUACACGUACCUCUCCUGCACGGACACUGUCGGCCCCACCGACACCAUGAUGGUAACCUACUACGGCGGCAACGCGACCUCCAUCGCGGGCCUCCCGCGGUACUUCUCCGACUACUGGUACGGUAGCGGCACUGCCACGGACACGUCCUCGGCGACCAGCACAUCGACAUCCACGAGCGGCGACGCCGAUUUCAACGAUACCUUGUCCUGGUUCUCGGCGCACAGGACCGUCCUCAUCGGCGCGAUUGCCGGCUUUUGCGGGUUGGUGCUCCUCCUCCUUGUGGGCUGUUGUGUCAUUAGGAGGAAGCGGGCGAGCCGAGGCGUUUACAGGCCUGCGAGCCAGGCUGGGCCGGUCUAUACGAUGCAGGCGCCAGGGCAGGGCCAGGAGCAGUUUCCGAUGAUGCAGUAUCGCGGGUAUGGCUCGGAGUAUGACAUUCAGGGAGCCGGUUACGGGAGGGUCUACGUCGGUCCGAAUAAGUGA